GCUUUAUGCUUUCAAACCAAUGAUGUAUUGUUUCAAACGUUUUCCGUAUCGUCUUUUUGAUUAUUUUGGUCUGGCCCAGGCAUGGAGCUAGAUAGCAAUUAGCUAGUUGCUACGGGGAAGUGGGGAAGGGAUUGAAAACGGUGUAACUUCAGAUAGAGUUUGUACGAUGGCAUCGCAGCCUCCUCCUAAACCGUGGGAAAGGCGGAUUCCAGGAGCAGCCAUGAGUGCACCAGUCAACUAUCGGUAAACAAGUUAUUGCUUACUUGACGAGAUUUUGUCUAUGGACUAUGUAUGAGUUAGCUAGCUAGCGUUAGCUUCUAAUCUAGGUCUAGGCCCAGGCCCUAACUAGGUCGGAGCCUGUUGUUUUGCUCAGUAUUGCGUUUGCCUGACGGACAGAACUAGCUAGAUUUCUAUAUUUCACAAUAGUUUAGUAUUGGACUCUACGCUAGCAGUGGAUAAUAAUUCAACCACAAGUGCCCACCGAGUUCCAAUCUAGUUAGCUAGCUGACGUUACCUGUGACUGGCAUGUCAUUUGUUUUGUUAUCUAGCUAGCUACUAGGGAUGUAACCCAUUACGUUAACACUCAUAGAUUGCUCUGACUUAUCUUUAACUACGAAACCAAAGGAAACACGUUUUGAGGCGUUUUAUUUGCAACAAUUUUGACAACACGAACACGUGAUUGAAUUGAAUGUUCACACUUUUAUAAGUUACGCCCCUCUUUUCAAUCCACCAGAUCGACUGACUUUGCCCCACCAGGUCCCUCCACCUUCGGCCUCUCUGGCCCCGCCGGCCCUCCCGUCCUGACCCGCAUGGUGCCCCCGGUCCCCCCUCGCCCUGCCCAGUCAGUCCAGUCCUACCGUCCCUCCUACGGCUCCUUCCCCGGCUCCUCAUACAGCCCCUACGGUAGCGCCAGCCUCUAUGGUGGAGGCUACAGCCCCUACAGUGGUGGCUACGGCAUGGGAGGGGGGCUCGGUGGCGGCCUUGGUGGGAGCCUGGGAUACAGCCGCUUCGGCCAAACCGGUGGUGAAGACGUGGCGCCCAGUCGGUUUGUCCAACAGGCAGAGGAGAGCAGCCGCGGCGCCUUCCAGUCCAUCGAGAGCAUCGUCCAGGCCUUCACCUCGGUCAGCAUGAUGAUGGACGCCACAUUCUCAGCCGUCUACAACAGCUUCCGAGCCGUGCUGGAUGUAGCCAACCACCUGACACGGUUACGGAUGCACUUUACCAAGGUUCUGUCGGCCUUCGCCCUGGUGCGUACUCUGCGCUACCUGUACCGCCGCAUACAGAGGAUGCUGGGGCUGAGGCGGGACGGUGAGGUGGAGGACCUGUGGGCAGACAGUGAAGGAGCUGCUCUGGCGACUAGAGGGUCUGGAGCCGCAAUGGAAGACCCCAUUGCCGGAGCGGUCAAGUCGUGGCCUAUCUUCCUGUUUCUGGCCGUGGUCCUAGGAGGGCCCUAUCUCAUCUGGAAGCUGCUGAGCUCCGCCCAGGGGCCCGAGGAGAGCGGUGAGGCCCCCCUACUGUCUGUUUGUGGCUCCUCCUGAAUAUCCUUUGUCUUGUCUGUCUCUGCCUGCCUGUCUGUUAUCCGCUGUUUCGUGGCCUCUUACCCUGACGCAUCUGUUUUCUCAACAUCCACUGCUAAUCUGGCUCUGUGAAUGCUCAUAAGAAAGACAGAAGUGUGCUACUUACAUUUUAGUUGCUUAGUUUGUUACGUUAGUCAGCACCUUACCAAAAGGAUGUCUUAUUUACAUUUUUACUUCAUUAAUAUUCCCUACAAGGACUAUAAGUACAUUUUGAUUGAUUUAAAUCCCUAUGCAGUCACCAACUGGGCCAGUGGGGAGGAUGACCAUGUGGUUGCCAGGGCGGAGUAUGACUUCACAGCUGCGUCGGAGGAGGAGCUCUCGCUGAAUGCUGGAGACAUGCUCAACCUGGCUCCUAAAGGUAAGAAACUAGGAGUAGAGGAGGGAAUCAAACCCACAACCAGCACCAUGCUCUAAACAGGGGGGAAUCAAACCCACAACCAGCACCAUGCUCUAAACAGGAGGGAAUCAAACCCACAACCAGCACCAUGCUCUAAACAGGGGGGAAUCAAACCCACAACCAGCACCAUGCCUAAACAGGAGGGAAUCAAACCCACAACCAGCACCAUGCUCUAAACAGGAGGGAAUCAAACCCACAACCAGCACCAUGCUCUAAACAGGGGGGAAUCAAACCCCCAACCAACACCAUGCUCUAAACAGGAGGGAAUCAAACCCACAACCAGCACCAUGCUCUAAACAGGGGGGAAUCAAACCCACAACCAACACCAUGCUCUAAACAGGAGGGAAUCAAACCCACAACCAGCACCAUGCUCUAAACAGGAGGGAAUCAAACCCACAACCAGCACCAUGCUCUAAACCUGUGUUUCUAAACUCCAGGCCUCCAGUACCUCCAACAGUACACCAUUUUGAUUGUAGCUCCGGACAAUCACACCCCCUUCAACUAGUCAUCAAGCCCUCGAUGAAUUGAAUGGGCUAUGUUUGUCAGCUAUGUUUGUCAGUAGCCAAGUAAAACUCAACUCCACGAUGUGCUUCACAUCAACGGAGAUGAGAGUGGGCGGAGUGUACCUCCGACUACAUUGAGUCGCUGUCAGUCGAUACGAGGAAACAGUCGGUGGUUGUAUCAGAUGAACGUUUUAUUAUAAGUAUAGAUUUCAGCAAAUAAAGGCACACAGCUACAGAGGACAAACAUGGGUACACGGUAAGGGUUUAAGAACGUUAAUUUUUACAAGUAUCAACUGUCAGAGACUCGAUGUAGUCAGAGAUACAGUCCACACUCUUGUCUCCGCUCAACUCUGUUGAUGUGAAGUACAUGGUGGAAUUCAGUUUUAAUUGACUAGUUUGCCCGGGGCAUGUGCUGUAGGGGGGACUGGAGAAGCGGAGUUGAGAAACACUGUUCUAACCCAGUAAGCCAUCGGAACCACAAGAUUAACCCUGAGAUGCCAAAGGAGCCUACUGCCAUGUCUCAGGGUUACCCAGUGCUGCAGGCAGGGCUCGCAACUAACUUUUUCGUCACCGUCCCGAAGUGCAAUUUCAACUGUCCCAAACUGAACUUAAACCGUCCCAAAAUUAAAAUGCUCAUUUUUUUUGUAUUUUGAUAUGCCAACAUGAGUCUAGGUCAUUUGCAGUGCUUUUAAAGUAAUUGGUGUAUUUCGGAGACAGAUACAGUCUAUAUUACAUACAAUUAAUUUAAGAACAUCCUUUUGCAUCUUAAUGAAAACAGACAAACAUCCAUUACAUAAUUAUAAUUGACUAAUUGAACAUGCUAACACACGUUUACAAUAUAUCUGAGAGAACAAUGUUAUUGUGAACUGAAUAAACUUAAGUUAAACAAACCAUUCCACCACCAGCUGCCCCAGUAAACAACAUAACACAACAAUAUAAAGAACGUGUGUUCCCCAGCCUUCACUUUCUCUGCUUCACCCUCCCUCUUCAGUCACUUUUUUUUUUUUAACCAGCCAAAUGUUUUGUUGUUGCUAAAACACAAACACAAAAACUGAUGAGCAUGCUUUGUAAUGUUUCUAAAACAAUGCAUGUAUUACUAGUAAGAAGUCAUGUGGUAUAUUGUUUAAUUACAUUUAAUUUUAACCUAAAUAUCACAGAGACAAAUGUUGACCUGCCCCUUUAAGGGUGGGAGGUUACUGUGGUAAUGGGACUUGAGUUAUGUUUGUGCCUGUGAGAUUUAGGGCUGCAGUCCAAACAUUUACAUUUGACCCCCUCGGCCCUCGUGCUAGCCCCUUUCCCUCGGGAAUCCCUGUCGAAACAUGAUACCGCGUGUUUGAGAAUGGUGUUCUCCCGUAAUAGCGUUUUGGAACGUUGGAGUGUGGCCGAGACGAGUGAACACAUUGCUGCACUUGGAAUGUGAAUUAUUCAUAGUUGAUCAACUUUAUAGCUAAAUGUUAUUAUCUCUUUCAUCAGCCUCGUCUUGGUCUUUAAACAUUUUAGUAUGGAACCACAGUAUGUAUUAAGGAUGUAGUAGUGUGUUAGAGCAUGUCUUACAAGACGUCUACCCCUUAACGCCUUCUCUAUAGCCCAUAGUAGCAGAGUGUUUGGGCUCUGACAUGGGGCACGUGGGAGGUUCCCCCAGCCUCACACACAGCCAGGGCUUAGUUAGGGUGGAUAGAAACGUCACAGAUACAAUCCACAGACUCUUAGACCUACUCACCCACACACAGAUAUAGGUCUCCCCCCACACACACAUAUACACAUGCAUUAACGGUUUUGGCAGCCCAAAAGUGUCACACCCCCAUACACACGUACAUGACCAUGUUUCACAUCAGCCCACGCUUUCGCUCUUUCUUUCUGCCUUCUCUCUCUCUCUCUCUCUCUCUCUCUCUCUCUCUCUCAAUUCAUCUCUCUACUUUUAUUCCAUGUCCUCUCUCAUUCUCCAAUCAAUUAAGGCUUAUUGGGAAAAAUGUUACAUGCCAAGCAAGUGAAAUAGAUAACAAACAAAAGUGAAAUAAACAAUAAAAAAUGAACAGUAAACAUUACACUCUCUGGGUUCUCUCUCUGGGAUCUUUCUCUCUCUCUGGGUUUCUUCUCUGGGUGGCUAUCCUUCCUACAGCGUCACCAUUGUGAUGCCUAGUGAUGUCACCGCAGGUGGAAAUAUCAGUGUGUGUAACGCAAACUUGAGAAAUGAGACUGUCAGGGCACCAAUGAUGACUUCUGACUCGAAAGCGAGAGGGUAGGAGGAAGAGGGGAGUGAGGGAGGAGAAUUGACGUAGCCAGCAGCCCAGGUAAAACCACAAUGACCAGAGAGAGCAAGGAGGUAGGGUCCACUACUGUAUGCAUUAAACUGUGUAUGUUGACUUGAAGUCCAACAGGCAAGGUGAGUGGGUGGCAGAGAUGAACACUUCUAAUAGUGUGAGGGAAAGAGACGUGCUCGCACUUGGUUGUGUGUGCCAACCAGCCAGACACUCACAAACAGCCAUAAACAGACAGACAAACAGCCAUAAGCACACAGCCAUAAACAGACAGACAAACAGCCAUAAACACACAGCCAUAAACAGACAGACAGACAGCCAUAAACAGACAGACAGAGAGGUCUGGGUCAGGAGCAACAGAAUGCCCUUCAUUUCGAGCCCUGGCUGCAGGACCAGGAUCCGGCACCUCUCUGUUUUGGACGCCUGCGUUCUGGAACCUUUUGACCCGGUACUUCUCAUGGCAUGAAACAAUGUUCACUGUUUGCAAUGUGAAAAUGAUAUUAAGAGCGAUCAAAAAUAAAUCAAGUUGACUCCUGGUUAAUUAUGACUUCGGUCCUAUUAUGACUAAUCCAGUGUAAUUAGAGCCUAACUCUGGAGGACUGUCUUCAUCGUGGAGGCCUGCGGCGUUCUCUCCCAGCCUCAUCGAUAGGACUUUUGGAGCGUAGCCUACACUAACCGGUCCAUGCAGUAGUCUAGGCCUAUGCUUAAUAAUACAGUCCACAUUCAAAGACCAUUACUAGAGUUUGUGUAACUUUGCAGUAGACCAAUUAUUUACCAAAGACAUCUUAAAUCGAUGGGUUUUUCUGCCGUGUGUAAUAUACCCUAUACCUGUUUGAUUUGUCUGCUGUGCUGCUUUAUUGUUGGUCACUUUUUUUCUCAUGCGCUCUGGUACCUCAGAGACCCCUCCCUCCCUCCCUCUUGCACUCACUUUUGUUCUGGCACCUCUCGAUUUAGAAAUGAAGGACUGGGGUUACCACAAUAUACAGUGGGGGGAAAAAAGUCUUUAGUCAGCCACCAAUUGUGCAAGUUCUCCCACUUAAAAAGAUGAGAGAGGCCUGUAAUUUUCAUCAUAGGUACACGUCAACUAUGACAGACAAAUUGAGGGAAAAAAAUCCAGAAAAUCACAUUGUAGGAUUUUUUAUGAAUUUAUUUGCAAAUUAUGGUGGAAAAUAAGUAUUUGGUCAAUAACAAAAGUUUCUCUACUUUGUUAUAUACCCUUUGUUGGCAAUGACACAGGUCAAACGUUUUCUGUAAGUCUUCACAAGGUUUUCACACACUGUUGCUGGUAUUUUGGCCCAUUCCUCCAUGCAGAUCUCCUCUAGAGCAGUGAUGUUUUGGGGCUGUCGCUGGGCAACACGGACUUUCAACUCCCUCCAAAGAUUUUCUAUGGGGUUGAGAUCUGGAGACUGGCUAGGCCACUCCAGGACCUUGAAAUGCUUCUUACGAAGCCACUCCUUCGUUGCCUGGGCGGUGUGUUUGGGAUCAUUGUCAUGCUGAAAGACCCAGCCACGUUUCAUCUUCAAUGCCCUUGCUGAUGGAAGGAGGUUUUCACUCAAAAUCUCACGAUACAUGGCCCCAUUCAUUCUUUCCUUUACACGGAUCAGUCGUCUUGGUCCCUUUGCAGAAAAACAGCCCCAAAGCAUGAUGUUUCCACCCGCAUGCUUCACAGUAGGUAUGGUGUUCUUUGGAUGCAACUCAGCAUUCUUUGUCCUCCCAAACACGACGAGUUGAGUUUUUACCAAUUCUAUUUUGGUUUCAUCUGACCAUAUGACAUUCUCCCAAUCCUCUUCUGGAUCAUCCAAAUGCACUCUAGCAAACUUCAGACGGGCCUGGACAUGUACUGGCUUAAGCAGGGGGACACGUCUGGCACUGCAGGAUUUGAGUCCCUGGCGGCGUAGUGUGUUACUGAUGGUAGGCUUUGUUACUUUGGUCUCAGCUCUCUGCAGGUCAUUCACUAGGUCCCCCCGUGUGGUUCUGGGAUUUUUGCUCACCGUUCUUGUGAUCAUUUUGACCCCACGGGGUGAGAUCUUGCGUGGAGCCCCAGAUCGAGGGAGAUUAUCAGUGGUCUUGUAUGUCUUCCAUUUCCUAAUAUUUGCUCCUACAGUUGAUUUCUUCAAACCAAGCUGCUUACCUAUUGCAGAUUCAGUCUUCCCAGCCUGGUGCAGGUCUACAAUUUUGUUUCUGGUGUCCUUUGACAGCUCUUUGGUCUUGGCCAUAGUGGAGUUUGAAGUGUGACUGUUUGAGGUUGUGGACAGGUGUCUUUUAUACUGAUAACAAGUUCAAACAGGUGCCAUUAAUACAGGUAACGAGUGGAGGACAGAGGAGCCUCUUAAAGAAGAAGUUACAGAUCUGUGAGAGCCAGAAAUCUUGCUUGUUUGUAGGUGACCAAAUACUUAUUUUCCACCAUAAUUUGCAAAUAAAUUCAUUAAAAAUCCUACAAUGUGAUUUUCUGGAUUUUUUUUUCUCAAUUUGUCUGUCAUAGUUGACGUGUACCUAUGAUGAAAAUUACAGGCCUCUCUCAUCUUUUUAAGUGGGAGAACUUGCACAAUUGGUGGCUGACUAAAUACUUUUUUCCCCCACUGUAUGUUAUCAGGGGAAAGAGUGCAGGAGGCCUUGGGAGGAAGAAAGCUAGCACUGUAGCAGGGAGGUCAACAGAACGCCACAUCACUGGAAUGAAAUGAAACAGUGUUGUGGGUUUGAUUCCAGAAUGAGCUACAUGCUGAAUAUGUUCCUGUUAACUGUAAGUCCCUUUUGAUAAAAGCAUCAGCCUGCUAAAUGACCAUAUUAUAUUAUCUCUCUCCCCUGUGUGCAGAGCAACAGCCCAGGGUACGUGGGUGGCUGCUGGCCAGCGUGGACGGCCAGACCACGGGCCUCAUCCCUGCCAACUACGUCAAGGUCCUGGGGAAGAGGAGAGGCAGGAAGCACGCUGAGCUGGAGAGGCUGGCCCAGGUUCAGGCCCAGCCAGGGAACCCACUGGGCACCACCCUCCAAGCCCCCCAGCCUAACCUGACUACGGGCCCAGUGCCAACUGUAGCCCCAGGCUUGGUUUCAGGCCUAGGCCCAGCCGGAUCCGUCCCAGUAACUAUCCCAGAGGAGCUGCUGGAGUGCGUGUAUAGGGAAACACCAGCCGUUUACAGCAGCCUGGGUCUGGGGGGACCCCGUAGUCUGGAUGUAGUGCCCAGCACCAGUACAGCUUCAAGCACAGUGCUCACCAUACCAGAGAAGAUUGACCUGUGA